AUGGGCUUCCAGCUGAGGCAACUCUGGUCCGCACCAGAGGUCAACCCCUACAACAAAAAGGCCAAAUCCAUCCCCAUCUUUAACCCUGUCGACAAAUACGGUCGAGUCUUCUUCUUCUCUUAUCUCGGAUUCUUCAUCGCGUUCUGGUCCUGGUACGCGUUUCCACCUCUGCUAAGCAUCACCAUCAAGAAGGAUCUCCACCUCUCCCAGAACGAAGUCGCCAACUCCAACAUCAUCUCUCUUACCGCCACACUCGUCGUUCGUGCCAUUGCUGGACCCUUGUGCGACAGAUUCGGUCCCCGCCUAACUUUCGUCGGAACCCUUCUCGCGGGCGCCAUCCCAUCUGCCCUUGCAGGUACCGCCCACAAUGCUGCAAGCCUCUAUGCAAUCCGCUUCUUCGUUGGAAUCCUUGGUGGCACUUUCGUACCUUGCCAGGUAUGGUCGACCGGCUUCUUCGAUCGCAACAUUGUCGGAACCUCGAACGCCCUGAUCGGAGGAUGGGGUAACUCUGGUGGUGGUAUCACAUACUUCGUCAUGCCUGCCAUCUUCGAUUCAUUGGUCCACCGACAGGGCUUGUCGCCUCAUGUUGCUUGGCGCGUCACUUUCAUCGUGCCCUUCAUCCUCAUCACUGUCACGGCCAUCUCUAUGCUUCUCCUUACCGAGGAUACGCCUACCGGAAAAUGGGCAGACCGUGGCAAGAUCGCUGCUACCGAGCACACUACCAUCGUUGCUACCACCGGUGUCCUCACCGACAAGCCCACUGGUGCUGGCUCCAUCUCCUCCAACGACGAGAAGAAGACAUCUACUGCUCCCGUUGACGUAGAGGCCGGCACUGGCGAGGUUAACAUUCUCGACGAGGUCCAGCACGAGGUCGUCCAGAAGCCCACAUUCAAGGAAGCAUGGAAGGUCGCAGCCUCUCCCCAAACGAUCAUGCUUUGCGCGGGAUACAUCUGCUCAUUCGGCGGCGAAUUGGCCAUCAACUCCAUCCUCGGCACCUACUACCUCAAGAACUUCCCACACCUUGGACAGACCCAAUCCGGCCGAUGGGCUGCCAUGUUCGGCCUCCUGAACGUUAUUACCAGGCCCGCUGGUGGAUUCUUUGGUGACUUGAUCUACAAGUGGACAAACCACAACCUCUGGGCUAAGAAGUGCUGGAUCCACUUUGUCGGUGUCAUGUCUGGCAUCUUCCUCAUCAUCAUUGGAAAGCUUGACCCCCAUAACUUGGGCGAGAUGAUCGGACUCAUCGCCGUCAUGGCCAUCUUCCUCGAGGCAGGCAACGGUGCCAACUUCGCACUCGUGCCCCACAUCCACCCUCAUGCCAAUGGUAUCCUCUCCGGUCUCGUUGGUGCUGCAGGCAACUUUGGUGGCGUCAUCUUCGCCAUCAUCUUCCGCUACCAUGGCAAGAACUACGCCCAGGUCUUCUGGAUCAUGGGCAUAAUCGUCAUCGCCCUCAACCUCGGCUUCGUCUGGGUCCGCCCCAUCCCCAAGGGCCAGAUCGGUGUGUGCUAG